AUGCAGAGUCGUUUCGUCCUGAGCGAUCCUGAGCGAUUUGAGGACGCAAAUGUCGACGUAUUGUCUGAUCCUCGUAACUACGUGUUCGGCUUUGGGAGACGGAUUUGCCCAGGAAGGCACUUCGCGGAAGACGCGAUUUGGUUAGCCAUCACGCACAUUGUUUCAAUCUUCGAUAUUGAGAAGGCAUACAAUGCGGACGGUGGCGAGAUCACACCUGCUGUUCACUUCCGUCCGGGCCUCACUAGCCCUCCUGCGGAAUUCAAAGGCAAGAUUUACCCACGUUCAUCUGAACUGGUGUCUCUGAUCCUGGCCGGGCACCUGCAUGAGUAG